AUUUCUGUGUGGGAUCUUUAAAGCGCACUGAGGGGAUCACGAGCGCGCAAUUCCCACGCGCGCACACACUUCACGAGCGCGCAUCGCGAAGAUAAAGGGUUAAAGCAGCAGCAGCAGCCUACAGCGCUUUCAAAGAGAGGCAGGUGUCCCAGUACCAGCCCAACUUUGGACCAGAUGUUUUUAAUCCUCUCUCUAGAACUACAGAGUAAUUCAUGACUGUCGAGAUUUGUGGUCAGCCUUUGUUGCUCAAGAAGUGAAAACUAUUAGAGAGUAUAAAUACAGAGAUCUAAACUCAUUUUCCACUCACAGUAUUCUGAAUCUCUGGGAGAUUUUUUCUCCCCCUCCUGCUGCUUGGAAGCUCGAGGCGCACAAUUCUGGCUCAAUAAAAUUAGGUUAGUAAACUCCUCAAAAUAAUUCCUCAUUUCUCCCCUCCAACAUGUGGUGGAUGCUGUUUCCUCGCUGGAUCUGGUUCGUCUCGGGACAGAUUUUGCUGCUAUUUGUGGACAGGCAAUGCGUGAAAGGCAUGACUUUGCAGAGAGUUGCGUAUUCCCACGCAGGGAUCUGUCCAAACGACAUGAACCCAAACCUGUGGGUUGAUGCAAUGAGCACCUGCACGCGAGAAUGUGAAUCUGACCAGGAAUGUGAAACAUUUGAAAAGUGCUGUGCCAAUGUUUGCGGCAAUCGCAGCUGUGUGGCGGCCCGCUACAUGGACGCUACAGGCAAGAAAGGACCCAUGGGAAUGCCAAAGGAGGCGUCCUGUGACAAGUUCAUGUGCUCUCAGCAGGGCUCCGAGUGCGACAUCUGGGACGGCCAGCCCGUGUGUAAGUGCCGCGACCGCUGCGAGAGAGAGCCUCACUUCACCUGCGCCUCAGACGGCAUGACCUACUACAACAAGUGCUACAUGGAUGCGGAAGCGUGCUCCAAGGGCAUCUCCUUAUCGGUGGUGACCUGCCGCUUUCACCUCACCUGGCCCAACACUAGUCCUCUCCCGGCCGGCACCACCGCACUGCCCACCACCACGGUCCAGCGCACCACUCCGGUAGACGUGCACGCUCCCAUCAUGCUGGGCGGCCCGACGCAGCAGUCCGUGUUCGUCGGCGACACGGCCAGCUUCCUUUGCGAAGUCGCGGGCCGGCCAAAACCUGAGAUAACCUGGGAGAAAGGACAAGGAAGUGUGGUCAUGAAGCCCAACCACGUGCACGGGAACGUAGUGGUCACUAACAUCGGCCAGUUGGUUAUCUACAACGCACAACUGCAAGAUGCCGGCGUUUAUACUUGCACAGCCACGAACGCCGGCGGCUCCGUCCAAGCGCAUUUCCCGCUCUCCGUAGUCCAGCAAGAGCCAGUCACGAAGUUGAACUCCAGCCGUUUCCCCGCCGAGGAGUGCUUUAAGGUGCCGGACAGCGACGACUGCGGGGAGGAAAAGCCGAGUUGGUUUUACGACCCCCAGAGGAACAACUGCUACACCUUCACUUACGGCAACUGCAGCAAAAACCGCAAUCGCUUUGACGAUUACGAGACGUGCAUGUCGUCGUGUCGGGACGAACUCGCCGCGCCGUGUAACCUCCCCAGCUAUCAGGGACCUUGCAAGGCGUACGAACCUCGAUGGGCCUACAGCGGUUCCCAGCGCCGCUGCCAGCCGUUUGUGUACGGCGGCUGCAAAGGCAACGAGAACAACUUCAAAACCAAAGAAGCCUGCGAGGACACGUGCCCGUUCCCGAGGAUCCAGCGCUGCAAGCCGUGCAAGCCGCGGCACAAGAUGGUGAUCAGUUUCUGCAGGAGCGAUUUCGUGAUUCUGGGACGUAUGACGGAGCUGACGGAGGACCAGGACUCCGGGCACGCACUGAUCACCGUGGAGGAGAUCCUGAAGGACGAGAAAAUGGGGCUGAAGUUCUUCGGCAAGGAGCCUCUGGAGGUGACCUUGCAGAACAUGGACUGGGCCUGUCCGUGUCCGAACGUCACCACCGCAGACGGUCAGAUCAUCAUCAUGGGCGAAGUCAACAACGGCAUGGCCGUCCUGCAGCCCGACAGCUUCAUCGUCCUUUCCAGCGUCCGGCGCGUCCGUAAGCUCCGUGAGGUCAUCAACAAAAACACCUGUGACAUUUUGAAAGAGUUCAUCCAGUAGGACUUUUCAUGUUCAUGAACGUUAAAUUGUUCUGAUGCUCUAAGAAUCUGUGUUUUAUGUUCUUGUACCCAUUGAAUUCCAGACUGUUUGCUUUGACAAGGUUAGAUAUGUUUCUACAGCUUGAAUAGAAAUGCUCACAUCAACCUGGAAGGUUUUUAUAAGAGUUGCCCUUACAGUUAAAGUCAAUUUGUGGACAUAAGACGCAUUAAUCAAAGCCAUCUGCUAGUCCCGGUGACUUCAAACGGAGCUGCCGUAUGAAUUUACUUAAAUAAUGGGAAUUCAUUUUUUUGGCACAUUUUUUUUUUUUUUGUAUGAUGGUUUGGAUAAAUUAACUUUUUCCUAUCUGCUUGGUUGAACUUUUACAGCGGAAGAUUUGUUGUUGUUGUUCCUGCACUGGGUUAAAAACAACCCAAGUUGGGUUAAAAAUGGACAAACUCAUCGAUUGGGUUGUUUUAACCCAGCAGUUGGGUUAAAUGUUUGAC